AUGGAACUGUUGGAACUUGUCGACAAUGAGCCGACGGCUCGGCCUUUUCAGUGCGACUGGAAAUCGUGCAACAAGAGCUUCAACCGGAAGUCUGACCUCCAACGACACUAUCGGAUACACACGAAUGAGAGGCCCUACUCAUGCUCGACGCCCGGUUGUGGGAAAAGCUUCAUACAACGAAGUGCCUUGACCGUUCAUAUUCGGACGCACACUGGCGAGAAGCCUCAUCAAUGUCAACAUCUGGGUUGCGGCAAGCGUUUUUCGGAUUCAUCGAGUCUCGCUCGACAUCGUCGUAUACAUACCGGCAAACGACCUUACAAAUGCGCCCAUGAAGGAUGCCUCAAGAGUUUCUGUCGCAAGACGACGAUGGUUAAGCACCAAAGGCGCUCCCACCAGAGAGGGGUUCACCUGUCAGAGGGCGACGACUUUUCUUCCGAAUCCGAUGGUGGCGAGUCCCCAUCCACCCCGAAGCAAGCCGGCCUGUCGUGGCCAGCCAAUUACCUGGCCGCUCAACCGGGCUUCCAGGGAAGCGCUGCUCAACGGGCGUCGUCCUUCGCGGAUUUUGGCCAACAGGUGAACGACUACAACGUUCAGCAACAGUUCAACAACCAUCGGCACAGCAUUUCUGCGGGUGACGCCCGUGACUAUAAUGGGGGGGCGGUUCAGCAACCCCAGCAUCCUGGAGUUCACGAAAGCGAUGUGGUACAGCAAGCGCAGCAUCCCUCCAUUCACCUUCUCCAACGAACCGCCAGCAUGCCACAGCAUUCGUACUAUGUGACGGAGCAGAGCAAUCCAGGGGUUGCGACCAUGAACACCAAUCCAAUACAACCGUACCACAUGCCACGGCAACAACCCGACGGGCUCCCGCGGGAGAUCUCGUACGCCACGCCUGGCAUGACCGGCUCCAUCCAGAACAGCCCCGGCGCAUUCUCGGGAACGGGCCCAAGCCGAAGCCCCCCCCUCCAGGACGACUUAUAUACCCAUCAGCCUCCCCCGCCGCCGGGCUUCUCGCUUAGUACGACGUCGCCCAUCGUCGAGAACACUAUGGUUCCGUACGGCCAACCGAUCCAUCAACCGAUCCACCACCCCCAGUCGGUACAAGCCCCGGUACAAACACAAGUCACCCCCACGCAACAGGUCCUCCACACCCAGCAGCAGUACCAACCUCCGCCGCCACAGCCUGAUCCAUGGUGCAACGGAGUGUCCUAUCAGGCUCCGGUAAAUGUGGGCAGUGUCGGUAGUCUAUCGUCGCCUUAUGUGCACUGCGGGUAUAUGGACGCCUGGUCGAUGAAGCCCGACUUUGAUGACCCGACGAUGCAGAUGCCUAGCGCCAGAAUCGAUAAUCUGUAA